CUUCCGGCUACCCAUGCCAUGCCGUGUUGACUGUUGAUCCUAUUCGUAGAAGUGAAAUGUUUCCAUCUUGAAAACUGUAUUUCUAAAUGAAGAUGUUAUUAUUGAACUUUGUUAAUUAAAAUGAAUACUUUGAGAUUUUAAGAGCAUAGAGAACUUAUAUCGUCAGAUUAAUAUUUUGGGAACUACAAACUACUAUCAUAUUGUCAUUUAAAAAAAUAGUAUGAUGUGAAAAUAUACCAGCAAGAUGGAAGACAACACAGUUGAUGCAGUAGAGACAAAAUACCACUGUAAAAUUUGUGAUAAAAAGUUCUUAUACAUUUCACAUUUCAGUAUGCACAAACAGUCUCAUACCAGAGAGAAACCAUAUCACUGCAAUAUAUGUAGUAAAACAUUUAUAUCUAAUACUUAUUUAAAGUCACAUAAACUUGUUCAUACUGUAGAGAAACCAUACAAAUGUGAUGUUUGUGGUAAAACUUUCAAAAGAAAUCCUAACUUAAAGAAACAUAAAAUUAUUCACACAGGAAAGAAACCAUUCCGCUGUGAAAUUUGUGGUAAAUUUUUCUCAACUAAUGCUGUAUUAAAGCAACAUAUAGUGCUUCAUACAGGAGAAAAAUUAUACAAAUGUGAUUUUUGUGAUAAAGAAUUUGCAAGAAGAAAUGACCUAACAAAGCACAAGAUGAUUCAUACUGGACAGAAACCAUUUCACUGUGAAAUUUGUGGUAAAACUUUUUUCAAUGAUUGUUACUUAAAGAAGCAUAGAAUUAUUCACACAGGAGAAAGCCCAUAUCAUUGUGACAUCUGUGGUAAAAUAUUUGCUUACAAAAGUAUCUUAAAGGACCAUCAGCUUGUUCAUACUGUUGAGAAAGCGUACACUUGUAACGUUUGCGGUAAAGCUUUUAACAGAACUUCUCACUUAAAGAGACAUAAAAUGAUUCAUACAGGGGAGAAACCAUUCCACUGUGAAAUUUGUGGAAAAACUUUCUCAACAAACAGUGAAUUAAAACAACACAUGUUUGUUCAUACUGGAGAUAAAAUUUACAAAUGUGAAAUUUGUGACAAAGCAUUUUCAAGAAAAACUGGCUUAACUAAGCAUGAAAUGGUUCACACAGGCGUGAAACCCUUCUACUGUAAUUUUUGUGGUAAAAGCUUCUGGAAUAAUGCUGACUUAAUAAAGCAUAAGAUACUCCAUACAGGAGUGACUUACGCUUCCAAAGCACACAGCUGUAAUAUUUGUGGUAAAGUAUUUGCUUGUGGUCGAAAUUUAAAGAGGCAUAAAGUCCUUCAUACAGGAGAAAAACUUUACUCCUGCAAAACCUGUGGCAAAUCAUUUUCAUGUAGUGAUUACUUAAAGUGCCAUGAACUGGUCCAUACUGGUGAAAAACCACACAUUUGUGAUAUAUGUGGAAAAACAUUUUCAUUAAAAUCUAAUAAAGAAAGGCAUAAAAAAGUUCACACUGGAGACAAACCAUACCACUGUGACAUUUGUGAUAAAACUUUCUCAGAACGUUCUAAUUUGAAAAGCCAUAAAUUAGUUCAUUCAGGAGAGAGACCCUGCUACUGUGAGGUUUGUGGUAAAACUUAUUUGUGUGUUAGAGAGUUAAAGAAACAUUAUGUAAUUCAUACAAAUGACAAAACACACAAAUGUGAAAUCUGUGGUAAAACAUUUUGGUAUAAAAGUAACUUAAAUCAACAUUACAUUGUUCACACAGGAAAGAAAUCACUAUCGACAUCAUCAUCAUCACUAUCAUCUCUGACUUAACAUUUGCUUUCUCUCUGUAUUAGCACUCAUCUUUUGUCAUGUCGUCUGUGGGACCCAACAUUUGACAUUAUCAGUGUUAACAUAGAAUUUUCUCAACCAGCACUCUUGGUUGAUUCGUAUCACAUGCCCAGACCAGAGCAGUGGAUCUCCUGCAUACAUUGGCAAAGUCCCAGUUUCUGUUCAAUUUUUUUACUCAGUCUUUCACUUAAAUUAACAUUGUGUAUCAAAAAUACCUCAUUUUUAUUCUGCAGAUUUUCUGUAUUCAGCACUUGUGCCCCACUACCAUACAUCCUAAUACUCUCCGCACGUUCUUCAUACAGUCUACCUCUUACAUUCAUUGGAAAAAGCCUAUGUCAUUAACAGAACUAACAGGUACCUGUCUCUUCAUGUUCUAGCCACUGUUUUCUUUACAAACUUCCCCAAUGCUAAUUAGAUCAUCCAGGUUAUAGAAACUCUGAACUACAUUACACUAUUUGUAUAAUUCAUAGAUUUCAUUUACCCCUGCUGCUAUCUUUUCCUCAGCAUAUGCAGGUGGCACGUAAAAAGCACCCACUACACUCACAGUGGUUGGCGUUAGGAAGGGCAUCUAGCUGUAGAAACAUUGCCAGAUAAGACUGGAGCCUGGUGCAGCCUUCUGGCUUCCCAGAUCCCCGGUCGAACCGUCCAACCCAUGCUAGCAUGGAGAACGGACGUUAAACGAUGAUGAUGAUGAUGCUACAGUUGAUGUCCUAGUUCUCUGUUAAGCUAUUUGUGACCAGCAUUGCCUUACUGGCACCUGUGCCGUUGGCAUGUGUAAAAAAAUUCGAGUGAGGUUGUUGCCAGUACUGCCUGACUGGCCCCCAUGCCGG